AUGAGCGAGCUAGAAUUCUACAGACCUGUUGCAAUGAUCAUUGAGAUGUUGUUCCGUAAAAGUCAAUUUGAGAUAAAUGACACUUCAAUUGGAAGAGGAGUCGACCUUUUAAUGGAAGUUUUGAACAUAGGGUUAAGCUCCUCGGAGUGGAAGAGGUCCAACGUCGGCAAAAAGCUCGGUGAGUCUCAGCAACGCCCAAACCCUCCUGUGGUUAGAGGCCGACCCAGAGCAAACCCUCCGUCUGCUGCACAGAUUUCUACUGAUGUACCUGUACUUGUUCCAUCUUCUCAGUCUUUACCUAAACCAAUACUGCCAUCUUGGAGAGCAUUGAAAGUAUGCCAUUUGAUGAUGAUGAGAAGAGCAAAGUUUUUGUGA